AUGGAGUUGGACUUCCAAGCAUUGGAAAUGGCGUGGAAGUAUCAUGUCAAGACUCCAACUCCGACGUAUUCUGCUGUGCUGCAUCCCAGGAUACUACAACGCUACCUGUCCCGCGAGGACCCUGUGAUGUACCCAUAUCUUACGCUAAGGGCAGUACAGAAUACAAUUAUGAGCUCUCCAGUUGCGGUAACGCUGGGGAAGGUGCUCUUGUCUAUUGCGUAA